GACGUCGCUCCCGAGCAGCCUGAAGUAAAGCCGGAGCCUCUGUGGGCCGGCUUUCCCAAGGCAAAGCUAGAAGACCGAUACAAUGUUGGAAAGCUGCUUGGGCAGGGAGGUUUCGGCAGUGUGCAUAUGGUUGUCGAAAAAAGCACCGGCAAGGAGUAUGCUGCAAAGUCCAUUGCAAAGCGUCUGUCGGUGCCCAACAUUUCGGCGAAUAAGCAGAAGCAGCACAUUGAAAACAUCAAACGAGAGGCUCUGAUUCUAUUUCGGCUUCGGGGGACCCUGAACGUCGUUCACCUGGAGGACUGCUUUGAGUGCGAGGACUCGGUGCACCUGAUCAUGGAGAACUGCAAGGGCGGGGAGCUGCUGCACCGCAUCAACACACGCCACUACAGUGAGCGUACGGCUGCCAGUUACAUGCGCGCGGUGCUGCGGACGCUCGCGCAGUGCCACCACUUGCGCAUCCUGCACCGCGACAUCAAACCGGGCAACUUCAUGCUGCUUCAUGACGCCGACAACGCUCCCGUCAAGGCCAUCGACUUUGGCCUGGCGGUGUUUUUCGACCCCAAGAAGCUGCCGCGGAGCGACCUGGGUCUGGAGGGCACCCCUCACUUCAUGGCUCCGGAGCAGCUCAACUCCAAGACCGAGCCCGCCUCCGACAUCUGGUCCGCCGGCAUCAUGGCCUACCAGCUACUCAGCGGCGCAGUGCCCUUUGACGACGUCAAGAACCCCAAGUCGCCGUCGCUGUCGCUUGUGUGGCGCGCCAUCCUGACUCAGGAGCCCAAGUUCACAGGUCGCGCCUGGCAGGGUGUGUCAGACACGGCCAAGGACUUUGUGCGGUCGCUGCUGGCCAAGGACCCCAAGGAGCGGCCCACGGCCAAGCAGGCGCUGGCGCACCCCUGGCUGCAGGGCAAGAGCGCGGAGCGCACCCAGGGCGCGCCGCUGCAGCGCACGGUGGUGCAGCGCCUGCAGAAGUUCGGGGUGGAGUCGGCGCUCAAGCGCACGGUGCUGGACAUGAUCGCCAACGACCUCAUCAACCGACACAUCGAGCAGCUCAACAUGCAGCAGGCGGCGGCGGCGGCGCAGCCAGGGCAUCCCGUCCAGGGCCAGGGACAACUGCCGGCGGCAGGCGCGGGCGCGGAGGCGGAAGCGGCGGGGAAAGGGAAGGAUGAGGCGGCCGCUGCCGCGGCGGGCAACUCGUCGCACGAGCCCAGCCGUAAGGGUGGGACCAGUCCUGGCGGCGUGGCGGGCGCGGACACGGGCGAGGCUACGCCGGCCGGCGCAGCCGCCGCGGCGGCGGCGGGCGCGCCGGUGCCGCCGGUGGCCGAGGGCGCGGCGGCGUCGGCCGCCGCGCUUGCGUCCAAGCUGCGCCAGUUCGCGGCUCAGGACCUGUUGCUCCGCUCCGCCAGCAGCGGCAGCAGCGGCGCGCUGGGCAAGCACGCGGCCACGGUGCACGCGGGCGGCGAGGCGCUGGCGGUGCUGCGGCGGGGGCAGCUGCUGGGGCUGCCGCUGGCGCAACGCCCGGGCGGCGUGGCGGGCGCGGCGGCGCCGCCGGCCAACGGCGCGGGCGCGGGCGCGGGGGCAGGCCCAGGCUCAUCAAUGGCGGCAGCCGCGGCGGCGGUGCAGCAGACGGUGACACGGCGCUCGCACGACCAGGCGCGGCCGGUGCUGGGCCGCGGCAACAGCGGCAUCCACAUGGGAGGGGCGGGCUUGGCGCCGCCGUCCACGGCGCUGGGGCAGCCGCUGGUAGCGUCGCAGGCAGGCCCGGCCACACCCGCAGGCGGGUCGGCAGCGCGCGGCUCCGGCCAGGGCCAGGCCUCCUCGCCCUUUGCGGUCCCCACCGCUACCUGGCAGCGGCUGGGUACGUUGCAGUCCACGGGGGCCGCCGGCAGCCCCGCAUUGGGGACGCUGGGCUCGGGCGCGCUCACGGCGGCGCCGGGCUCGGCGGGGGUGGCACCUGCAGGCAGCUACAAGGGCCCUGUGAAGGACGUGCCGGCCGCCACCGCCUGGGACCUGUCGUUUAUGGCCAACCGCCUGGCUAUGGAGGGCUCGGGCCACGCCCUCAACCACUACGCCUGGCUGCUCAACGUGGGCGAGCGAUCCAUGCACGGCGUGCUCACGGAGCGCAGCUACCACGCCGGCCGCAACAACCCCGCAGGCGCAGCCGCCGCCGCCGCGGCGGCGGCGGCGGCAGCCGCCGCCAGCGAUGGCGCGGCCUCUGCCUCGGCAGGGCAGCCGCUGCUCUCGGGGACCAGCAGCGGGGGCGGUGGUGCUGCGCACCCGCACCCACACCCGCACCACCAGCCGGGGCACGGGGUAGCCACCUCCAAUGCGGUGCUGGGGUCGCGGCACAGCGCCGGCCCGGGGGCGGUGGCGGCGGCCGCGGCGGCGGCGGUUGCGGGCUCGCCGUCGACGGGUCAGCUACUGGGCGGCCCCUUCGGCAGCGGCGUUACGGAGGGCGGCUCAGUGCGCGAGGGCGGCGAGUACCUGCGCAUGCUGGGCCUGGUGGCGCGCCAGCGGGCCGAGCACCGCAAGGUGCAGCGCCUGUCGCUGGACACGAGCGGCCACCGCCAGAGCGCCUAUGCCAACCACGUCGCCGAGAGUGCAGCCGCCGCCGGCGGGGGAGGCGGGGGCGGAAAGGCAGCGGGGGGCGGCAUUUUCGAGACGCCGCAGGAGGUGGACGAGGAUGCGGAGGAGGAGGAGGAGGAGGAGGAGGAGGACGAGGGGGAGCAGGAGCAGCCGGAGUCGGACGAUGGGGAAGACGAGGAAGAGGCGGAGGAGGAAGAGGAGGAGGGGGAGGAGGGCGCGGCGGGGCGCGGCGGCCGCAGGCGAGGCACGGGCACCGGCGGCCGCACCACGACGGCGCCGUCUGCUGCCACCACUGGCGCAUUCUCGAUGAGCCACGUCGCGUCAGGUCUGUCGUCGGCCUUUGUGACGUCGGCUUCUCUGACGCCGCCCACAGCGGCGAUGCUUGCGCAGGCGGCGGCCGCGGCAUCGCCGGGCAUGCAGGGCGCGGCCGCCGGCGUCGCAGGUGCUGGCGCGGCAGAGCCGCGCCAGCCGCAAGCGCUGGCGAUGAGCAUUCCCGGCCUGGCGGAGGCGGAGGGCCUAGCGCCGGCGCCCGCCGGCGGCAGCGUCAGCGCCAUCACCACACCGGCAGCGGCGGCGGCGGCGGGGCGGCCCGGGAGCGAGAGCGGUCUGUCGUUCGGCAGCUCGGGCGGCGGGCCGUGCGAAGGCGCCAGCCUCAGUGGUGAUGUGCCGUUGGAGGCGCUGGCGGAGGAGGAGGCCGGCGGCGCGGGCGGCGCGGGGAGUGGCGGCGGCGCAGCCGGGGCUGGUGUGCAGCAGGUGUUGGCGUCGGGCGGCGGCCAGGGCAAGCGCAACUCGCUGUUGAAAAAGGUGCGCAAGGCGCUGAUGAAGCCGGUGCGCUCGCUGCUCUCCAGCGACCGCGCGCCCGCCGGCCCCUUGGCCGCCGCCGCCUCCGGCGCCAGCACCCCUGCACUUGCCAAGCUGUCAUCCCCCUUUGACGCCGCGUCGCGAGGCGGCGGCGGCGCCGCCGCCGCCCUCGCCGCCGCGCGCGACAGCGGUGCGCGCUCGGGGUACGCCACGCCUGGCGGCGCCGGCCUGGGCGGCGGGCCGUCGCUGGCGACGUUGUCGGUCGCGAGCGCGGUUGCUGGCGAGGAGCGGGGCCGAGGGCGAGGCGCCUACGCGGCGCUCAUGCAGGGCGCGGGCGGCGGCGGCACGGGUGCCAGCACAGGCGCCAACACGCCGCAGGAGCGCAGCGCGCACGGCGGCGGCGUCAACGCCGGCGACCGCAGUGGGCACGGCAGCGAUCGCAGUGGGCACGGCGGCCGCGAACGCAACUCCUCCACCCCGGCCGGCCCGCCCGGCCUCACCAUCCACACCGUGAAAGCGCACAAGGAGCAGGCGGCACCUGCAGCGGCGGCUGCAGACGGUGCGGUGGCGGCGGGUGGUGCGGCGACCACGCCGGGUGGCAGCGCGAAGCCAAUGGAUGCGGCAGCAGCUGCAUCAGCAGCGGUGCCGGCCCCGGCGGCGCAGGCUUCGACCACAAACGUGGGAGAGGUGGGCAUCGCCGCCGCCGCGGCAGCGGCGGAAGCGAAGGCCAAGGCCGAGGCGAAGGCCAAGGCUCAGGCGGCAGCUGGUGCUCCGGCCGCCGCUGUGCCGGUUGCUGCGGGGGCCCUGGCGGCGCUGGCAUCUGCGGCCGGUGCGGUGGCAGCGGCUGCGACUGGCGGAGCAGGUGCCGGUGGUGCUGCUGCGGGCGGCGAGGCGGGCAAGAGCGGGCGGCCGACGCUCCGCACCGCAGAGCUGGCCUCCACGCUGACGCUGCUGCUGGGCGACCCCGCCAAGGUGGCUGAGAUGCAGGAGGUGAUGCACCGCCUGCAGUACGACACAGCGGAGGAGCUCACGGCGGAGCAGCUCAGCGAGGGGCUGCAGUGGAUGGGCUACCGGCUGGAGGCCAGUGAGGUGGAGGACCUGCUGCGGCAUGUGUCCCUAGGCGAGGGACUCACGGCAAGCCAGUUCAUCGCCAGCCAGGUGGACUGGCGCACCUUCCAGGCCAACCACCGCGCCGAGUGGAUGUCCUGCCUGCGCAAGGCCUUUGAGGAGCUGGGCGGCGGCGCGGGGCCCGGCGGCGCCCUCAGCCUGGAGGCGCUCAUGGCGGCGCUGAACGAGAAGCUGCCGGAGGAGGAGGUGAACCUGGCUGUGCAGGAGAGCCUGAUGGACGCGGCGGUGGAGGCGGACGCGGUGGACUUCGACGCCUUCGUCAAGCUCAUGCGCUGCAACAGCUCCGACUCGCUGGCCUCGGGCGCCAGCUCCGAGAUGUCGUACGACCUGUACGACCCGCGGCUCAGGGACGCCUCGCUGCACGGGCCGCACGGCGAGGGGGCGCACUACACGCCCGCGCUGGAAACCGUGCCGGACCAGGAGUAGGGAGGGGUUGGGUCAGGGGAGGGGGAGGAGGGUUACAUUGAUAUAAAUGAUAAGUUAAGUGGUAGACGGUAGACAAUCUUGGGGAACAGCAAUCGUUACCGACGACGUCGACCAGCUCCUGGCUCGAGGGGGAGGCGGGAGGAGAUGGAGGCAGGAGGAGAGGUUGCUUUUACCAUUCCCAUUAAGAAGGAGGAGAUGGAGAGGAGGUUGAUGGUGGGAGGAAGCUGGAGGGGAGGGGGUUAGUGGGGAGGGGAUUGGGGAGGGAUGGCAUUUGGGGUUCGGGUGUUGUUGUGCGGCACGAGAGGGGAGGCGAGGUAGACAGGCAGGCAGGCGUGUGCAUGGCCUGUACGCAAGGCAGCGGGACUGUGGCGGCUGCAGGGGCGUGUGCGGGGCAAAGCUUCAGAAGAAAUUGAAGACCUCUGGCGAGUGUGUGGCGGUGUGGGGCAGAGCUUACGGUAUUGUGGUGGACACGGAAUAAGGGGCGACCAGACCGCUGUGUGCGGCUGGGCUGCGUCAGGAGGGUUGGCGUCGGGGAGAUGCCGUCAGGGCAUGCCUGCAUGACUGCAUCAGGUUGUGUGGGCUAUUGCGGUGGGCGUUGCUUGGCUGGCUGGCCUGUGUGGGUGCGCGGUGGGAGGGGAGGGUGGGGCGAACUGCUGGGGUGCACGCAGGGUGCCGUGCUAAGCUGGGCUGGUUGGGUUGCAGGAUGGCGUAAUGAUGCACGGCACGUGCUCUAGUGCUUUAGUGCUCUAGUUGGUGAGACGCUGACUGUGCAACAGACGGUGCGUUUGUGUAUGCGUGGCUGGCAGCAGCAGGCCGGACCGGCAAAGUACGUUGCCACAUACAUGUUGACACUGUACAUGUGUGGGUCAUGGAUGGCCACGCUCAUGCCAGACCGUGCAAUGGCACGUGUGUAUAAUACCGUAUAUAG